GCCACGGCCGGGCCGAGGCCGCACAGCGGGGCCGGGGCGGCCGCCGCCGGCUCCAGCCCUGCCGGCUCCAGCCCUGCCUCUGCGAGGCCCCGUGGGGAAGGAGCCGCGUCCCAGCCCGCAGCAGCGGGUGAAAAGCCGCCGAGGCCAAGCGCAGCGGCACCUCCACCGCGGCGGCAGCGGGACCCGCGGGCCCGGAGGUAUCCCACCUCUUGGAAUUACUGCAGACAAUGCAUCUCCCUACACAUACACCUGCCCUUCGCUCUCAGCUACAGACUGAGUUAUCUUCAGUUUCCCUGCCUUUCUGCCUUGGCUGAAGCUCUGUGAAUCUAUGGAGUAAGUAAGGGAAGGAAUCGAUGCUGCGAGGAACUCGUCCUGCGGAGCUGUGUCCGUAGCUGGGUACGGGGGAGAAUGAGCACUCCAAACGGAUUUCCUCAGCACCCCGGGGCAUGUGCUACCCCGAGCACGGAGGGUGGAGCAGUACAGGACCUGCAUGCUAAAAAAGCUGGCAAAGCAGCCAAGAAGGAGCCCGGUGACAACGGGCUGCUUACCUUUGAAGAUCCUCCAACUGUAGGCACCUCUUUAAAUGAAACCUUAAAGCUUCUUCCGGCUGAGCUCAAAGCUAAUAUGAAAAUUAAAUCAUUCACUCCAAGGCCUCCUCGGAAACCCCGGCUGGAACGCGCCGCGUCUCUGGAUGAGAAAAGCUGGAGGAGGUGGAGGCGGUUUAGAACGAGUCAGGAAAGUCUGACUGAUCCCAACGAGACGAGUUCCUCCAACAGUUCUCUGCAGGAAGCGUCCCUCAGCCCUCCGGUCAGGGGCAGGGCGAGCCCCUGCUGCCCGCAGAACUCCUUGCACAGCUCACAGGAUGCCUUGGAAGCCAGUGCUGUGGGGAAGAGCAGAGGAGGCACCUCCGACCUGGGCAAACGAGCCUCCGAGAUCUCCAGUGCCUUUGGGGGGCUUCUGCGGGGGAAAGCGUUUGCCGGCGGCAAACCCCGGUUGUCCCAAAUAACGCCGGUUCGACCUCUGCCACCCCUGGAGCUGAAUGUGGCCUCUCACACCCUGAGGACAGCUAAUAGGAUUGACUCAGAUUGCAUGGAUUACCGAUAUUAUUCUCAGCACAAGUUUGGGAGGGUGAGCAGCAGUUUGAGCGACACCAGGCUACACGGCAAUGGGAUGGUCUAUGAUAAUUGCUCCACAGACUCCAUGAAAUCCACGUUCAGUCUGCUCACUCCCAUUCGCUCCAAGGAUGUUCGAAGCAGGAGCUAUUUGGAAGGCAGCCUUUUGGCAAGCGGUGCCUUACUGGGAGCAGAAGAACUCAGCAGAUAUUUCCCUGAUCGGAAUAUUGGCAUUUUUGUGGCCACCUGGAACAUGCAGGGUCAGAAGGAACUUCCAGUGAAUCUGGACGAUUUCUUAUUACCCACAGAAGCUGACUAUGCCCAGGACAUGUAUGUCAUUGGGGUUCAAGAAGGCUGUCCAGACAGAAGAGAGUGGGAGAUCCGCCUGCAAGAGACGCUGGGUCCCCACUACGUCAUGCUCUACUCCGCUGCUCACGGGGUGCUCUACAUGUCUGUUUUCAUCCGGAGGGACCUCAUCUGGUUCUGCUCAGAAGUGGAGUACGCCACGGUGACAACUCGAAUCGUAUCUCAGAUCAAAACCAAGGGAGCGCUUGGAAUCUCCUUCACGUUUUUUGGGACCUCCUUUCUCUUCAUCACCUCCCACUUCACAUCUGGGGACAGUAAGGUGAAUGAGAGGAAACUGGACUACAAUAAAACCAUUCAAGCCCUUACACUUCCCAAGAAUGUUCCAGACACAAACCCGUAUCGAUCCAGUUCUAGUGAUGUCACAACUCGGUUUGAUGACGUGUUCUGGUUUGGUGACUUCAACUUCCGGCUAAAUAAGGAUCGUGAGACUGUGGAUUCCAUCUUGAACCAGAACCCAGAAACAGACGUGUCCAAGCUGCUGGCAUACGACCAGCUCAUCAGUGAAAUGAGCAGGGGGUCUAUUUUUAAAGGAUUCCAGGAGGCCGACAUUCAUUUCCGUCCUUCUUACAAGUUUGACAUAGGAAAGGACAGCUAUGACACCACUUCCAAGCAGCGGACUCCAUCCUACACGGACCGAGUUGUGUACCGCAGUCGGUACAAAGAUGACAUCCACGCUGUCAAGUACUCGUCUUGUCCUGUGAUCAAAACGUCAGACCAUCGGCCUGUGUUUGCCUUGUUUCGUGUCAAAGUGAGGCCUGGCAGAGACAACAUUCCCCUUGCUGCGGGGCAGUUUGACAGAGAUCUCUAUUUAAUCGGAAUAAAGAGGCGGAUUACAAGGGAACUUCAGAAACGGCAAGAGCAAAAGGACCAAAGAUCCAGCAGCAUAUGUAGCAUUUCCUGAGCUGAGAACUCUGCAGUGCUUGUGUUAGAGGUGCCCAGAAAGAGGAUUUCAGGCUCAACAAACUCUGCAGGGAAUCGUGUGCUUAAGCACCUCUGGCAGUUGCUGUGGCUUGUGAAGAAUGUCUUAAACCUCACCCUGGAUUCAUUUGCAUGAGGUAAUCCAUGUAGCUCAAGUACUUUUGCUGGAGAAAAUGGAGUCAGUUAUUUAGGACAUCCAUCCCAACAGAUGUGACCGAUUUAUUUUUAACCGUACUGUCUUUGGAAGCGACCAGAUGCAGUCUCUUGGUUCUAAGAUGACUCCACACAGAGGGCACAGCUUCUGGAACUGGCGUGACUGGGCCAGGGGACCUAAGAAAAGCCUGCGGAAAGGUGGAAACACUCAUUUGCCUGUUCGGGUUGACUGCUUAGCUUACAUACAUUGUGAGGUUGGAUUUUUUUCUCCUUAUCUGUAGUUAAGUGUACGGUUAUUCUGUAAAAUGCAUAACAGGGACCAGUUAGGGGACUUGGGGCAGUUUUGUGUAAGGAUGGUGCUCCUGUGUUGGGCUUUUUUGGUCCUCAACAGCAAGACCUGUGUGAAUGUACUACUAAUGUACUACUGUACAUUUGAUGUGUAGAAACAUUGCCUUUCAAUAAUUAUUCUAUAGGCCUUCUGUUACUGAGGGGGUAAAUCUCAAUCGCUCGCACCAUGUAUAUGGCUGUUGAAACAAUCCCUUCCUUGACUCACUUGCCCUCCCCGGGGGGGAUAAACACUUGUUGUCCUUGAGGACUCUCAAGGUGAAAAUAACGGUCUGAGUACAGCUACUGUGUGAUGCUUCAGCAAAGUGAUGGAGAGGUCUAGUGAGUAAACGAGGGCAGCGUGCAGAGAAGCUGCACAAGUCAGAUCAGCGCAGUUCCAUUAUCUCUGAUGACAGUUAAUUCCUUUUGGUUUUUUAUUUUUCCAAUUCAGUGAACUGUGAAUAAGUUGCUGUUUUUGAAGUAGUGUUGUCUUAAGGCUAAAUGUGCUACAUGGGCCAGUGUGGCACUGGUGAAGUGCAAGUCCAGCUAAUUAAUGCUUUAUGGGCACAGAUCAGGUGGAUCAUUCAUCACCUCAGUACAUAAAACACCGUGCAAAUUUGGAGGAAGCGCUGCUAACUAUGCAACCUGUCCGAGACAGAGCUUCUGUUCUGCGGUACGAACAUUUAAGGCACUGACCUGUCUGUAGCCAUCAGGUAUUUCCUUUCUUUUUAAAGGAAUAAAAACAUAUUAAUGCAA